AUGGCUGACAACACAUACGGAACUGAUGGUGCACUCGAUCGCGUUCUCGGCUUCGGUCAGAAACAGCUCAAGAGUGUUCCGGCGAUCUUUAUCCAUGCUGGAGCGGGUUUUCAUAGUCAUCAAAACGAACAUGUUCAUCUUGAGGCAUGCGUGGCGGCCUGCGAGAUGGGCAUGAAAUUCUUAAAAGCUGGUGCCACUGCCACCGAGGCCGUCGAAGUUGCUCUUCGCAUCCUCGAGGACAAAGAGAUAACGAAUGCAGGCUACGGCUCCAAUUUAUCCAUUGACGGCGUCGUCGAGUGCGAUGCAACAAUCGUUGACCAUCUAGGACGCAGCGGUGCCUGUGGAGCCGUUCCAAACAUCCGAAACCCCAUUUCAUUGGCGAAGCUCAUCUUGGACACGAGCAACAAACCCCUGAGCCUCCGCCGGGUUCCCCCAAACGCUCUUGUUGGCGAAGGAGCAAGACUCUUUGCUGAGGAACACGGCAUGGCAACCUUUACCAACGAGUAUCUCGUUUCAAAAAACUCCAGGGACCGCUUUCUACGAUGGCAAGAGGACCUGAAGAGAGCUGAUGUCAAGCCGAAAGAUGCAAAAGGCGGGUUUGCUGCUAGCCCGAUCAACAUGAGCUGCGCUCCGUGUCAAUACGAUACAAUGGCAGUAACAGAUCCUCAUAAAAGCUUUCCUCGGGAUCAUACCGCAGCAAUCCUGGCCGGCACAUGGAACGAAGGACAACCGGAUUCUCCUUGUGUUGGCACGCCUAAUCCCGAUGCUAGUAACAUCUCUGAACCUCCAGCGUACUCGACAACAUAUGCUCGGGCUCUGGCUUCAACCCCAACGAAUUCUCCGAGAAACCUCAUGCGACCAACAUCCAGUGUGCUGAUGCAAAAGACAUCUGCCGCUCUAACGGGCGAUAUGAGCCCAAUGCUUUCACCCGACCGCCCAAAACGAUACCAUAGAAACACCAACCAAGGUGGCCACGGGAACGGUGUGAGCACUGGCUCCCCUCGAGAUGAGGCCAAACAGACGCAAAAGUCUGGAGGAGCGACUUUCGAUGGCUUGAAGCCCCCUAAGAAUCUUGACAAGCUCCAUGAGGUUUCGAACAGCCCUGACGAGGAUCAAUUUCAUCAAGAGGAUGAAGCUGUCGUAAGUAUUCGCGGUCUUAAGCGUCCGCUUAGCGUAUCAAAUGAAAACGAGGAUUCAAUCACGCAAACAGCAAAGCGCCAGUUCCAGUCUGGUAGCUCUGAAGAGGAUUCGGUCACGGACACUAUUGGUGCUAUUGCAAUUGAUGAUAGAGGCCACAUUGCAGCAGGAUCCUCAUCUGGCGGCAUUGGAAUGAAACAUCGGGGCCGCCUAGGACCGGCCGCCCUAGUUGGCAUUGGGACGGCCGUUGUGCCUUGCGCCGAAGAUGACAACGAUAAUCUCACCGUUGCGGCUGUAACGAGCGGCACGGGUGAAUAUAUGGCCACUACAAUGGCUUCUCAGAGGUGUGCUGAGCGUCUUUAUCAUGGGACGCGUCGCGGUCCUGCCGGCAUCGACGUCCAGGACGAUGACGAAGACGCCAUUAUGGAAUCUUUUAUAGCUAAGGACUUUAUGGAUCACCCCGGGGUGAAAAACUGUCAUUCCGCGGGUGCCAUCGGUAUCAUGGCCGUCAAGAAGAACCGGAACGGCUAUUAUCUAUACUUUGCCCACAAUACAGACUCCUUUGCCCUGGCAUCCAUGGGUGGGCUGGAAAGAGAGCCGCGAUGCGUCAUGUCACGACUCCCCGACGGUGCUAAGAUUGCAAAAGGUGGGCGCAAAGUUCGACUGGACUAA